GCCUACUCUGCUCCAAGCCACCGCUAAGACCCGGAGAAGCGGAAUUUCACUUUGAAACUCCCGUGCCUAGUGAGGGCCGGCGCUGGGCAUGCUCAGUAGCCGCAGCGCGUCUGGGCUGCUGCUCACGCUGCACUGGCUGCCGUGCUGCUGCGCUGCUGGGCUGGCGCGGAGUCCACCCUGCCGUCUCCGCCUUGGCUGCUGGGUCCCGGGAAGGCCAAGCAUUUGCCGCCUCUGAAUGCUUCUGUCCCCUUUCCCCGAAACCUCCUACUCUACUUCCUCUUCCUCUCUUCCUCUCUUAGGGAGGUUGAAGCGGGUGCUCGUUUCUAUCGGCGCCACAGACUGACUGAUCUGCAAACCCCAUCCGAGGACCUGCGAAUGAAUCCCGGAGACUAGAAGACCCUUGGCGGUGUCUCUUUCUAAUAGCACUUUACCUAAAGUGGGGUCGUGGUGGGGUUUCUCCUCCACCUCUCAAUGCACACACUAUGCGGAGAGCAGUCGGCUUCCCUGCGCUGUGCCUGCUCCUUAAUCUUCAUGCUGCAGGGUGCUUUUCAGGAAACAAUGAUCAUUUUUUGGCAAUUAAUCAGAAGAAGAGUGGAAAGCCGGUAUUUGUUUACCACCAUUCACAAGACAUUGAGAAGAGCCUGGAUAUAGCCCCACAAAAGAUCAAUAGACAUAGCUACCAUUCCUCUUCCGAAGCUCAAGUAAGCAAACGCCACCAGAUUGUCAAUUCAGCAUUUCCUAGACCUGCAUAUGACCCGUCUCUCAAUCUGCUGGCCAUGGAUGGUCAAGAUCUUGAAGUGGAAAAUCUUCCAAUCCCCGCAGCAAAUGUAAUUGUGGUGACACUGCAAAUGGAUAUAAACAAGCUGAACAUAACCUUGCUUCGGAUCUUCCGUCAAGGAGUGGCUGCAGCUUUAGGACUCUUACCUCAGCAAGUGCACAUCAAUCGCCUCAUUGGAAAGAAGAACAGUAUUGAACUGUUUGUGUCUCCCAUAAACCGUAAAACAGGAAUUUCUGAUGCUCUGCCCUCUGAGGAAGUUCUUCGUUCACUUAAUAUCAAUGUUUUGCAUCAAAGUUUAUCCCAAUUUGGAAUUACAGACAUCUCUCCUGAGAAAAAUGUUUUACAAGGGCAGCAUGAAGCGGACAAAAUCUGGAGCAAAGAGGGAUUUUAUGCUGUUGUCAUUUUUCUCAGCAUCUUUGUUAUUAUAGUAACGUGUUUGAUGAUUCUUUACAGAUUAAAAGAAAGGUUCCAGCUUUCUUUAAGACAAGAUAAAGAGAAAAACCAGGAGAUCCACCUAUCGCCCAUCACAUUACAGCCAGCACUGUCUGAUGCAAAGACAGUCCACAGCAUGGUCCAACCUGAGCAGGCCCCAAAGGUACUGAAUGUAGUCGUGGACCCUCAAGGCCGAGGUGCUCCUGAGAUCAAAGCUACCACCGCUACCUCUGUCUGCCCUUCUCCUUUCAAAAUGAAGCCCAUAGGACUUCAGGAGAGACGAGGGUCCAACGUAUCUCUUACAUUGGACAUGAGUAGCUUGGGGAACAUCGAACCCUUUGUGGCUAUACCAACCCCACGGGAGAAGGUAGCAAUGGAGUACCUGCAGUCAGCCAGCCGAAUUCUCACAAGGUCACAGCUGAGGGACGUCAUGGCAAGUUCACAUUUACUUCAAAGUGAAUUCAUGGAAAUACCAAUGAACUUUGUGGAUCCCAAAGAAAUUGAUAUUCCACGUCAUGGAACUAAAAAUCGCUAUAAGACCAUUUUGCCAAAUCCCCUCAGCAGAGUGUGUUUAAGACCAAAAAAUGUAACUGAUUCAUUGAGCACCUACAUUAAUGCUAAUUAUAUUAGGGGCUACAGUGGCAAGGAGAAAGCAUUCAUUGCCACGCAGGGCCCCAUGAUCAACACCGUGGAUGAUUUCUGGCAGAUGGUUUGGCAGGAAGACAGCCCUGUGAUUGUUAUGAUCACAAAACUCAAAGAAAAAAAUGAGAAAUGUGUGCUGUACUGGCCAGAAAAGAGAGGGAUAUAUGGGAAAGUGGAGGUUCUGGUUAUCAGUGUAAAUGAGUGUGAUAACUACACCAUUCGAAACCUUGUCUUGAAGCAAGGAAGUCACACGCAACAUGUGAAGCAUUACUGGUACACCUCAUGGCCCGAUCACAAGACUCCAGACAGUGCCCAGCCCCUCCUACAGCUCAUGCUGGAUGUGGAAGAAGACAGACUUGCUUCCCAGGGCCGAGGGCCUGUGGUUGUCCACUGCAGUGCAGGAAUAGGUAGAACGGGGUGUUUUAUUGCUACAUCCAUUGGCUGUCAACAGUUGAAAGAAGAAGGAGUCGUGGAUGCACUAAGCAUUGUCUGCCAGCUUCGUAUGGAUAGAGGUGGAAUGGUGCAAACCAGUGAGCAGUAUGAAUUUGUGCACCAUGCUCUUUGCCUGUAUGAGAGCAGACUUUCAGCAGAGACUGUCCAGUGAGUCACUGAAGACCAUCCAUCUCUUGGGGUGAUUAAUCAAAUUACUCACUCAAGGCUUCUAGAAGGAGCUUCCUGCAAUGGAAGGAAGGAGAAGCUCUGAAGCCAACGUAUGGCAUGGAUGUGGAAGACUGGGCAACAUAUUUAGGAUUGCCAGCUCCUUAUGUAUAUGAAUGCAUUUGUAAGCAUCCCCCAAAUUAUUUUGAAGGUUUUUUGAUGAUGAAGGUAUGAUAGGUUCUCACACAGCCUAAGGCAGAUUUUGUUUUGUCUGUACUGACUCUAUCUGCCACACAGAAUGUAUGUAUUUAAUAUUCAGUGAUAAGUGUCAUCAGGUGAUGACUGGAUGAGCUGCUGAAGACAUUCGUAUUAUGUGUUAGAUGCUUUAAUGUUUGCAAAAUCUGUCUUGUGACUGGACUGUCAGCUGUUAAACUGUUCCUGUUUUUAAGUGCUAUUACCUUUCUCAGUUACAAGAAUCUUGCUGCUAAAGUUGCAAGUGAUUGAUAAAGGAUUUUUAACAAAAUAAGUCUUUGUUUUUGAGAAGCAAAAAUCAAAAGCAGUAACUAUUUUAUAUGGAAAUGUGUCUUGAUAAUAUUACCUAUUAAAUGUGUAUUUAUAGUACCUCCUAUCAAACAAUUACAGAGCACAAUGAUUGUCAUUGGGUAUAUAUGUAUUUACUCUCUAUUAUUGGACAUAGAGGUGGCUUCUGCUCCAGAACUCUAUCCACUGUAUUUCUACACCAUGAGUCAUUUUACUUUCAAAGGAAAAUAUUUGUAGCAACUAUGAAGUAUAAAGAAUUUUAAAUACUUGUCUCUCUUUUGCUAAGAAGGAAAUUUUGAACAUGCUGUCUACCUGGAAUCUCUCUCUCAACAAAAGGCAUAUGCCUUCAGGAAUAAUAUAACCUGUCCCAUUUUCAGAGGUUCCUUAUAAGGACAUUUCCACAUACUUCCUUAACAUUUCUGAAAGGUUGCAAUCUUCAAGAGACAAAAAAAAUUUUACAACCCUCAGCAAACACUAGCUGUUCUGCUCAAAUAAGAAUUUAUAAUGCAGCAAUGUUGACUUUGUUUCAUACUGCCAAUAAACUGUUAAUACUAA